AGUACACGCAGUACAUCGCGUAAAGCCAAUGUCUGAGCAGGUGCCCAAAAGGGCUGACCAGCCGCCUCGCUUCGGUGGCGCACCGUCGUCGUCGAAGCAGAAGCAGCAGCACCGCCAGCAACACGACAGUAAGCCCCCCGGCAAGCGCCCGCCCAUGGCGGACCAGCGCAAAAAGAAGCCCGCCGCACCGCAGGACAACGUGCGGUACGCCGUUAUCAUCACCAACGUGGAAAACGACUUUGGCAAGCUGCACAACAGCGCCCUGCCGUACCACUGCGGGCUGCGCGCGGAUUACGAGGAGACACUCGAAGUCGAACGGCUGAUCCACACAAGCGGUGUGGAGGCGAAGAACCUGAUAUCUGCUACGCGUGGCUGCGGCUACGCCGUCCGCUGCCGCACCGAGACCCGCUCGGCGGAGGUCAGCUUCUACGGCCCGGCCGACGCAGACUUUGCGCCGAUGCAGCUGCAGAAGCAGCCGCGACCGGGACCUGGUGCGUCGGCCACCGCGGGUUCAUCCUCGCAGACCACCACCACCACCACCGCAGCGACCGCAGCGAGUGAGCCGGCACCGGCGGUGGAUCCCGCCGCACACACCGAAGACGCCACGGCCGAACAGACAGGGGAUCACGAAGUCACGGAAACGGCCGCGGCCACGACGAACGCGCUGGAGGCGUUGGCGCUGCGGCUGCGUCGGAUGCGCUACUUCGAGGACAAGCUUCCGGUGCACGUGCACCUGCCGGGUCACGCCGCCGGCGACGUGCUGUUGCGCGUCAACGGAGACGGAAAGGCGGAGGCGGAGGUGCAGCGCACGACGGAAACGGCGGCGACGACGAUUGGCGAAAAGCGGCCACGCGCAGCGAAGGAUGACAACGGCGACGAUGGCGUGGAUGACGCGACGGUGGAAGACGAAGCGGAGGAGGAAGAGGAAGAAGGCGAGAACGCGGCGCAGCGCCUCACGACGGAGGGCAGCGGCGGCGGCACCGUCAAGCAGCGUCGCCCCAAGGCAAAGAAGGCGAUUGUGCUGAAGCAGUUCCCGAACCGGCAGAAGGACUUCGUGACGGCGGUGGCGGCGCUGUCGGUGCACGUGCCGCUGCGUGUGGUGCGCCGCCACCUUCACGAUGUACCGGGAUACAUGUCGUGCUGGUCCCUCUUUGCGAAGCGCGUGCGGGUUGUGUUUCGCGAUAGGGAGUCUCUCUUUAAAGCGAAGCAGCUGCUGGACCAGUUCGAACUGACCGCUGGCCUGCGCAUCUCGCUGAUGCUGUCGGAUCCCCUCUCGCAAGGUAACGCUGAGUUCGUGCGUGCGAAGGAAGCCGCUGAGGCGGAGUGA